GAGCUGCGCCGCUGCACUGCUCGUACUUUUCGGACGCUUUUGGAUACUCGCUUCAGUCGUGCUGUCCGGUUUGGCGCGGAGGCUUAUCGAGAGCAGCCAGAGACGAGUCUAGAAGAGAAGAAGAAGAAGAGCACCUCUGUGAUUGUUCAUCAUGGGAGCAGAGAGCUCAGUGCAGCGGGACGGGAAGAGCCAGGAGGAUGCAUCAGCCUCAGCUUCUGCCUCAGCCUCCGCCGGGGAGCUCCAGGAGGGAGGCAGCGUCCUCGACAGCAAGCCUCUGCAGAAAAAUGGCCAAAUCUCCAGCAUGACCAGCCUGAACGGACACUCGGAGGACAACACGCUGGCAGAAGUUGGCCAGCCGGAUGGUGUGUCUGUGGCUCAGAAAGAGGAGGCUCCUGAGACCACGGACACCAUCCAGGACGAAGUGACUCCUCAAGUGAAUGGCGAGAAAGUGGAUAAAGAGUCCCCUGAUGCCAAUGACAUAUCUGCUGUGGAGGAAAAGGCAGCAGAGGAAAAGCCUGAUGAUGCCAGUGAAGUGGGCUUCAAGAAGAUCUUCCGCUUUGUGGGCUUUAAGUUCACACUCAAGAAGGACAAAAGUGAGGAGAAAGACCCUGUGCAGCUACUGACAGUCAAAGACAAGGAAGGAGAGGAAGUCAGUGGAACUGACGAACCUGCAAAGGAGACGGAGGUUGCAGCUGCUGAAGAAACAAAGGCUGACACAGAGGCAUCUGCUGUUGAAGUUCCACCUGAAGCUACUGAUGAGGUGGCCAAAGAGGAAGGAGCUGUGAAGGAAGGUGAGACCAGUCCAGCAUCUCAGGACACCACUGUUUCUCCCUUCAGGAAGCUCUUCACUGGAGGACUCUUCUCAAAUCUGCGAAAGAAAUCCAGCAUUAAGAAGACGAAAGAGGAGGAAGACAAGGAGGCAGCUGCUGAGGAGGAGAAAGCUAAGACAGAGCAAAGUGCUACUGCUGUAGAAGAAGAGGGGGAGAAAUUUGUGACUGAUCAUGAAACCAAGGUGGAAGAAUUAGAGACUCUUGUCGAGGACACCCCAACCACGUCAGGGAAUGAAAAAUCAGAGGCAACUCCAGAGCCCAAGGGCACCUCUAAUGAAACUACUGCUGACACCAAGCAAGAAGACCAGAAGGCAGAGGCUGGUGCAGAAGAGGAGAAGGCUCCAGCUGAGAUGACUUCUGAGGCAGAGCUGCUGUCCUCACAGGAGAAGACGAAGCCUCAAGGAAGCCCCCUGAAGAAGAUCUUCACCGGUGCUGGCUUGAAGAAGCUCUCCACCAAGAAACAGAAGGUCAAGAAAGAUACUGAAUCAAAGCCUUCUGAAUCUGGAGAGCAGGCAGCUGAGCAACUCCAAUCCUCCCCAGAGACAGCAGAGGCCCCCAAGGCUGACAGUGGGCCCUCAUCUCCAGAGGAGUCAGGAGAGCAUGUUAUGGCUGUGGAGGUGACCCAGAAUGAACCUAGUCAGGAGAAUGAAGGUGAAGUUGCAUCUGAUGGAGAGAAGAAAAAGGAGGGCAUCAUUGCCUGGUCCUCCUUCAAGAAACUGGUAACACCCAAGAAACGUGUUAAACGAUCCUCUGAAAGUGAAGAUGAAGCCACAGCUGAGAAACCAGCCAAGUCAGCCACCCUGUCCUCCUCUGAGAGUGCUGCAUUAGCAGAUAAGGGCGUUGAGGAGGAGGGUAAGGAGGAUAAGCCCUCUGAGGAAGAACCAAAGACUGAAAAUACUGAGAAACUGGUCAGCAGCACAGAGGAACCCAAAAAGAAAAUGGACACUUCUGUUUCCUGGGAGGCUUUGAUGUGUAUGGGUGGGCCCAAAAAGAGGACAAGGAAAACCUCUGAUUCUGAUGAUGAGGAGACCAAGAUUGAAGAGGAAGUUCCAGAGGGGGAACAGGAGGGCAAAACUGAAGCUGCCAUUGUCACUUCCAAAAAUACAGAGAAUGAAGGAGAAGGCGUUUCUUCACCUGACGCUUUAAGCAGCCCCCCUGAGAGAGAGUCCACCUGGGACACACUGAAACGAAUGGUUAUGUCAAAGAAUAAGUCCAAAAUUGAGGAAAAGCCCGAGGAGUCUGCAGACCAAGUCCUGUCAGAUGGUGAAAUAUCAAAAGAUGAGUCAUCUUUCUCUUUGAAGAAGCUCUUCCCUGGCCGCAAGAAGAAGAAGGUUGAAAAACAGUUCUCCUCUGACCUUGGCUCAGGUGAGGAGGAGUCUGACACCCCAGCUGUGGUUCCUCUCUCAGAGUAUGAUGACCAAGUUGAAGCUGAAAAGGAAACACCAGCAGGACCGGCUGAAAUACAAAUUAAAGUGUCUGCUGCUGAAGAUAGAUCCCCUUCAUGGAUCCCAGCAAUUGUUGAAGAUACCGAUGAUAAACUUGGUCAGCUGAGUGAUAUACCAGAGGAGGCAGAGAAUGCUUCCACACCAAAGUCUGUUGAGGCUGACCUUACAGAGGCUGAAGAUAAGGCUGCACUGCUUAGAGUUCAAGGGCGUCCAGAGCGCAGGCUGUCCACUGCUGAAGUGAAACCCGUUCCUCAGGCUCCAGAUGCAGCAACCACCCCUGUUGCUCAGGGACCCACUUCAGAAAGUGCAGUAGAGAUUAUGCAGGGUAUUGAGGCCCAAGUCAGUGAAAUCCCAACCCAGACAUCUGUGACUGUAGAAGAUGUACCUAUGGAGGUAGCCUCUGAACAAAUCGAGCAAGAAAUAAUGACUGAGACUGCUAUAUCUGUGACAAAUGCUCUUCUGGUGCCACAUCCUCGUGAGGAGGCCAUGGCUAUCUGCACUGGCCUUGGCACCAAGGAAAUUGCCAGAGCAGAUCUGCAGGAGCCUUUGCAGCCCAUUCUAGAGUCUAUGGCUGUGCUUUGUGAUCCUCUAAACACAGAGAUGUUAGUGACGGAGAAGCCACCAAGUACAGAGGAAGCAAGUGCUGGAGAAGACGAAGUGUUCACCGCCCAAAUACAGCAAGUAGAUACUACUGACCUUGAGCCAUCUAUCGAAAAUUCAGUGAGUAUAGACACAGAGAUUGAAGUUGCUGAUGAGAGUUAUGAACCUGAGUUUGAGAUUAUUGGAGCUGUCAGCAGGGUUGAUGUAAAUGUGGAAAAUACCCCUGUAACAGAGAUAAUUGAGCCUUUGGAAUCCAACUCAUAUGAAUCCAUGCAAACCACCAUCACAGAGGAGACCGAACCAGCCAUCCCCGUAGCCGCACCAAGUGAAGAGACUCCCAUUAUCACAGAAACAGUGGUGCUAGUUGCCCCACUCAAUGUGGAGUCUGACCAAGUGGUAACAUUACAGCCAGUGCUUAUGGGGAAUGUAUCAGUGUCAGAAACUGUUGGUUUUGAACCAACCAAGGUGCAGAAAACCAAAGGGGAGGGUGCUGUUGCAGGGACUGUGGAGGCCACAGCCAUCCCGACUGAAAAGACAGAUAUCAGUGCAAUUAUUGAGCACGCCAGCGUGAAGAUUGAGGGAGUCAAGGAGGAAGUCAAACAGGACAGUGAAAUUGAGGCCCAGAGCAUGGUCAUUGCCCAGGCUGUCAUUCAGGAUGCGGUGGAUAAAGUUUCAGAAGAUGUGCCUGAACACAAAAAGUCUCCCAAGCUAACGGCCCUCAUUCCAAGACCAGUCAAGGCAGUAGCAACAAUAGAGAAAGAGAUUGACAUCGAAACCGAAACCCCUGUUAUCACUGACACCCCUGUUGCUGUUAUCUGUGAAAAACCAGUAACAAAAUUAUCUCCAUACUUCUGUCUUGCUAUGGAGGUCUCUGACACAAUCCCAAUAGAGUUCACAGGGAGCCUUGAAGGGGAAAAGAAGAAUGAGAAGCCAGUAAAAGGCUUAAAGAAAGCCGUGGAGGUAAAAGCAAGUGAAGAAACUGUCAUAGUGGAAGAAGUAGAAGAGAUAAAGGAAGAGACAGGUGAAGACCUUGAACAGAUCAAGGAGGAACAGAUCAAUGAAGAUGAGGAGUCAGAAGUAAAAGAAGCAGCUGAGGAAGUGAAAUCACAGCUAGAGGACGCAGAGAGCAAACAGAAAGUGCUGUCAGUCCACAUGCCAGUCCAGGUUGUCCUGCAGACAGCGGAGGUGAAGGAGGAGCUGUCAUUUGAAGAAGAGGCUGCGGAAGAGUUUGGCGGCAACACUCUACCAGCUAAGAGACCCAGUUCACCAGCUAGCAGCCCUGCAAAAGGAAGCAAACUCCCCGUGUUGUCAGAAGAACCUCAAGCGGCAGCAGAGGAAAUGAGCCAACCAGAGACAGAGAAAGCACCAUCAGCAAAGUGUGCACAAGUGAUGGCCCAGGUGAUCGAGGUGAUUGAGGAGGCUGUGAAGGAGAUCGAACCUGCGUCUUCAGACAUCACGGCAACGUCAUGAGACGCUGAAGAUACAAGACUGAUGCCUGGCAGACGGACCGUCUGGACCAGGAUGUGAGUGAUGAGGGAGAGAGACAGAAAGAGGUUCUGCUCUGUGGUAACUCGCUGAGACCAGGCCUCACCCAUCCUGCCCAGAGAGACUGACUGACUGAGCUACAGCUCUGCCAUUCUCUCCAGCUCCCCUCCCACCUCCGCUUCAUCCCCCAUCCUACAACCCCAAUGUGACCACCUCACCCACCCACCCACCCACUCACCCACUCUCACAGACACACACUCCAUGCAUGUCCUGUGCCUCAGAAGCAUCCCAUCUGGCUUGUAAUCAGUGCAAUGUAUGUUCAGCGUCUCACUUUCCUUUGCCCUCGUUGCACAGGAUGAGAACCUGGUUGAGUGUGUAUCUGUGCAUAUGUGUGUGUGUGUGUGUGUGCGUGCGUGCACGUGCAUGUGUGGGUUUUUUUGUGUAUAGUAGCAAGAGUAAGAUGGCGUCAGAAGGUGAAGAGAUGGAGGAUUAUCUUGUAUAUUGUAUUUAUAUCUUGCGUAUUCUUGCAUUGACCCAUAAGUCUUUAUUAUUUCUUUCUUUUUUUCCACCCUAUUUUGUUAUUUUAUGGACAUUGUUUUUUUUCUUUUUUCAAAUCCCCAUAUUAAGCUGUGAUAUAUCGGGUAUUUUAUUAUGACAGUCAAUUUUAAGAUUGAAACAGCGAGUAGUUGCAUACAAAUUGCUUUGUGUAUCACAGCUUUAAACUGUCUUAUUCAACUAUUAUUUACCAAUCUGUAGCAAUUACAACUAAGCCAUGGUACAAGUGUUACUCCACUGACAGAGAAACCAACAAGAGGGCAGAUAGCGUGAUGACAUCUACCAGAAAUGUGCCACAUGUUGGAAUUUUGCCACAUUUGUUUGUCGUGUUCUUCAAUCUGCACCCAAACAUAAACUUAAUAAGCUUCAUGUAAGUAAGAAAUACAAUCACUGCCUGAUUUACUGUGAAAAAGAUGUUAUUACUCAUUAUUUCAUGUAAUAAUACAAUAAAAUACUAUCACAACACACUCAUUUGAUAAUGUGGCAGAUGUAUCUGGUAACUUUUAAACAAUAUAGAUGCCAAUUUUUGACACUGGGCAGGCAUGUGCAUUUAAGAAACACUUAGAAAGCAUAUCAUGCUCACAGUGUUUAAUUGACAUUUUUUUUUGAGUUACCAUGUGAAAUAUGUUAUAUUGAUGUGAAGCAGUUUGAACACUUUCUUUAUUGCGCUCUAUUUACAGUUACUGAUGAAAAGAAAGUAUGUCGAUGCCCUCUACUGCUUACAAAAAGUAGUGCACCCUUUAGUCAUUGCUGUCAUUUUGACUUCAUACAUGUUUUAACAAGGUUAAUAACGUAUGACAUAAUCUUUGUUCAGUUCAGUCUUUAGCUAGACCUGCGCUAUGUCGUGUUGUUCACCAAGCAUGAUCUCUAGGGUCACUGGACUGGCACCAGGGAGGACUGAUUGGUUGAUGAUUUAAAGAGGCACAGACACCACCUACAUGGUACCAGAAAUAAAAACAAAAGCUCAUUUUGCUCUUUAUUUAAAAACCAAAUCGAGUUAGGAUAAAUCAGGGAGUCAUGGUCUUUCCAUUGCUCAUGGGAUAAGACAUCAGUUGCAUCCAGUUAGAUUCCCAAAGCAUCUCCUCAGCUACUUCAGGCAUCAAACCUCAGAAAGUUAGGGAUUACUGUGCAGAUUUACUUCCAUACAUGCAUGUUUUAGGAAUACCUGAAACACUCCUGUGACCCACUUUUAGCACCAAAGUAAUCAUGUUACUAUGGGUUACACUUGUACUUUUUUUUUUCUAUCAACUUUGUAAAAAAAAAAAAAAAAAAAAUCACACCAUUUCAAUCAAUUGAAUAUCCUAUGAGCUGGAUGUGAGCGCUUCUACAAUCCGUUGAAUUUAUUUUUGUGGAUGAUAGAACAUCGUAGAGUCACUUUUCACUCAGCUUUAUGACCAAACGAGUCAAGGAUCAGGAAGUCUGGACCCUUAUUUAGGUCACCACUUCACUUUACUUUGACUCCACAGGGUGUGACACAUCCACGAUAUAAUUGCUUUAUGUAAAAUAAAUGAUUACAAAAAGACAGUGAACUAAAGACUUGCUAUUGUUGCAUAAUGUAAAGCAUUUAGGAGCAAAUCCCACCUGCAGUCCUCCCUGCUUUUUGUAACACACUCAACUGUGAACCUGUUAACAUUUGUACAGAUUGUAUACCUACUGUAUGUACUUAAAUCAUAUUGUUGUAAUAUUAACUAAUAACCUACAUCAAUUUAGCAUAAUAUUCAUGUAGCAUGGUCUUAAUUGUCUUUUAUAUUUUCCCAGCUGUUAAUAGUAAGGACUCAGAAACCUGUCUAUAUUUCAUUCAAUAAAGUUAGAGAAAAUUGCUGUGUA